AGAGAGUGACUGUGUGUGUGAGAGAGAGUGAGUGACUGGGUGUGUGUGUGUGUGUGUGUGUGUGUGUGAGAGAGUGACUGUGUGUAUGUGAGAGAGAGUGACUGUGUGUGUAGAGAGAGAGAGUGAGUGACUGGGUGUGUGUGUGUGUGUGAGAGAGUGACUGUGUGUAUGUGAGAGAGAGUGACUGUGUGUGUAGAGAGAGAGAGUGAGUGACUGUGUGUGUGUGUGUGUGUGAGAGAGUGACUGUGUGUGUGAGAGAGAGUGACUGUGUGUGUAGAGAGAGAGAGUGAGUGACUGGGUGUGUGUGUGUGUGUGAGAGAGUGACUGUGUGUAUGUGAGAGAGUGACUGUGUGUGUGUGAGAGAGUGAGUGACUGUGUGUGUGAGAUGGAGAGAGUGACUGUGUGUGUAGAGAGAGAGAGUGAGUGACUGGGUGUGUGUGUGUGUGUGUGUGUGUGUGUGUGUGUGUGUGUGUGUGUGUGUGUGUGUGUGUGUGUGUGUGUGUGUGUGUGUUUUAGAGCAACAGAAAGAGAAAUAUUGUCUGAUCGGUACCAGCGUCUGUCUUUGAAUGUAAUUCAUAUUUUUAAUUUGAUUUACUUUUAUUCUCAGUGAUUUAGCCAAAGUCUCUGUAAUACACCCCCCCCCCACCCCACCCCACCCAAUCUGUUCCAUUCUCUCCAUUGAAGAUUGAAAUAUGUCCCAUUUGAACAUUACUAAGUUCAUAUUUGUGAUGUUCUCUAAUUCAGCCCUUCGGUACGUUUAUCUAUAGUGGUGGUAUAUAUAUAUAUAUAUAUGAGGUCUUUACUAGAAAUUAAGAUAAAACACUAUUCCUCUUCUAUCCCGUCUUCCAAGUAAACGGGUCCUAAUUUACUCUGUGUUGUGGUUGAUGUGUUCCUAACAUGUUUCACGCAGUUUGCGGCUGUGUUAAAUAUCAUAAUGCAAUUGUUAGUUUGUUCAAUGCAUAGAAAGCAGAAACAACAAGAAUACAAGAUAAAAACACUGGAAACUGCAUUAAUAUGUGCAGGAAAACAUAUGCCUAUGUAAUGCCACCACAAUGUUUUGUUUCGGACUUGCAGAAUUAUUCAUAUGCACACCAUAUUUGCCCACCCUCCUCCUCCGGCACCACUUUAAGCAAGAUUUUAUAGAUAGAUGCAUCAAGUCCUGCCAUGUUAAAUCCAUUUUACAAUAUAUGUAUUAAUGUACCCAAAAACAUGAAGAAACUGGGAUGAUAUUUUGUGGUAUGUAUGUACUGCCUGGAGUCCUUUGUGUGAAUCUGGAACACAGGUCUGUUGUCAUUUAGUCAAAUGCCUUUUUAAUGUAAAGUGAUGCUGGUGGGUUUGUUAUCUGUUGUCAAAGUUAGGCUUUAAAAUCAGAUAUCAAACAAAUAAACAUUUCAGAUGUGUUUGUGAGUCUGAUGUUGUCUUUGUUACGGAUCAGAAUGUAUUAUUGGUUUGUUUUGACUUUAUUGUCUGUUCAGACUUCCUGGACAGAAAUUCAUUUUUGACACUAGCAUUAAAAAAAUGCAUCUUAUCAGACAAUACUGGACAUCCACUUACAUAAUGGAUCACACAUUUGUCGCCAUUAAAACAUGCAUAAGACUGUGUGUGUGUGUGUGUAAGAGAGUAAAGAUUUUUUCAGUACUGGUGGAACCUGUCUGUCUGCUUUACCAGAGGCACAGAGAGACAGUCUGAAGUGUAGGGGACACAAAGAACAGCCGUGAAAACACCACACACACACACACACACAUGCGCGAGAAUGCUGGACAGUCAGAGAGACAGUCUGAAAAUUGUCUGGACAUUACCACCGGAUAGGACACAUAUAUAGACAUCAUGUAGACAACAAGCGCAUGAGGAACUGCUGUAUAUGCGUGUCUCUAUGUGACAGGUGCAUCAGCUACAUUUCUUAAAUUUUGCUGUUUAAAUGAGGUUGUCCUUUUGGAUUCUUUUACGGGUAGAAGUGCCCUGGAUAUGGGGGGAUGUCAGAGUUACAGUAGCUCUGAUGAAGAGGCAAACCACAACAACAUCAGCCUGUUUAAAAUAAAAAAUAACAGUCUACAUAUGAUGGCGUCCGCUGAGGUCAAACCUUACCUGCGAGAUCACUUCCUGUCUAGACGAAUCACUGAUGUUGACCUUCUGACCCUCUCUGCACAUCCACACGGCCUUGAUCAGCAGGAGUGGAUAGCAACAAACACUGUCGCAUUCUUCCAGCAUGUGACUCUCCUCUUCAGCGCUCUAUCUGAUUUUUGCUCAACAACAGCAUGUCCGACAGCCAAAAGCUCCAGAAACAUUCUGUAUGAAUGGACGGAUGAACAGGGGAAGAAACUGAAGUGUUCAGCUCCACUCUAUAUUGAUUACGCCAUGUCCUACAUUCAGGAGUUGCUUGCAGAUGAACGUGUGUUUCCCACCAGGGCAUAUUCUUCAUUCCCUCCUGGAUUCAUGUUCCUGAUUCAGAAGGUCUUUGUCAUGCUCUUCCGUACUCUGGCUCACCUGUUCAGUGCACACUACCAUGAUGCCAUCGUCGUGGAGUUACACCCCCACCUAAACACACUGUUCACACACUUCAUCACCUUCGGUCACACAUUCAGAUUACUGGACCCAGCAGAGACCGCUCCGAUCGAUGACCUCAUCGCUGGGCUCACACACUGACGCACACACACGGAAGACACGCCGGCACGUCGGUCCUGUCCCAAACAGGGCCGGAGCGAGGAGUUUUUCACAGGGGUGGCCGGGCAGUGGGCAGCGAUCAGUCUGUGGUGGCACAUAAAUGUUCGGGCAGUACAUGUUAAGUCUUGAGCUCAAAAACGGCAAUUGCGAGUGGGGUGGCCAAUGGGGUGGCCAGGCUUCAGUCCAUGGUGGCCACGGCCACCCCUGUGCCACUGGUCCCAAAUACAGCCCUCAACCCUUUGUGGUCCUUCUUCAAGUCCACACUUAAGUGACAUAAUGUUACAGUUUUCAAAAGGGGCAUCAAGGUUGAACAUGGCCACAAGGAGAUUUUAAACAAUGAAAUGACAAAUGGGACACUCUACGGUCUCGUGGAUUUAUCGGAUACAUGGAAGCAAAGGCCACAAGACUGCAAAAAUCCACAUCAUAGGUGCCAUUUUAGCACUUAAAAUGAGAGACUUCCUCUUUUAAGACACAAAGACGGGGUUCUCUCUGACAUCUUAACUGGAUAGGACUAGAAUGUGUCAAUCAAACUUCAGACUGGGCUGUGAUUGGAUGGGACAGUGGACCGUACACAUACAUGAUUAUUCAGAGCCAGCUGUGAACAUUGGCCACGUUGCCUUUCAACAUGUGACUAUACUUACCAAACCACACACAUUUGACAUCUUAAGCUGGGUGCACACCGUACGAUUUUUACAGUCCUUUACAAUUGUUGCGUGUCAGACUGUAUAUGAUACAAUCUCAGUGAGAUGUAAAAGCCAUGACACCUAAAAAUGAUGACGAAAUGCAGUGAUAUUUUUGUUCAGCCAAGGUGUUUGUUUGGGGACAUUUGUCCUGUUUGCGCAUAUCCCUGAAAUUCUUGACCUAGGAGAACUCGACUAGUUGAGCAGCGUUGAUGAAUGGUUAGUUUAGACGUUCUUUAUUAUUCAUUUUCCUCAACAAACUCAUUUUAAACAUCGUGUGUAGUGUAACAGAGUUUCAUGACAACUCAUAAAAAUGUGUACAAGAUGGUGAAAUCAUAAUCCAUCGUACGACUUUUAAACCAACCAAUCAACAAACAGAUUUUCAAAUCGAUACAAUAUAGGCAUUCAAUUGUAGCUAGCAUCCUAGCCAUCUCGUACGAUUUCUUCCUCGCUUUAGUUUGUACAGGAGAAAGAAGUUUGGCUUCUUCUUUUGUAUAAAUUUGGCUUCAUUGCAAUUAUUCGGCCAUCUGCGGAGGGCGUUUAUGAAAUGCUCCGUUUUUAGUGGAGGAAUACGCCGUUAUAGGGCGUCUGUGGCUCAGUUGGUAGAGCGGGUCGGCCACUAAUCGCAGGGUUUGUGGUUUGAUUCCCGGCCCACACGACUCCACAUGCCGAAGUGUCCUUGGGCAAGACACUAAACCCCAAGUUGCUCCCAAAGGCAGGCUAGCGCCUUGCAUGGCAGCUCUGCCGCCAUUGGUGUGUGAAUGGGUGAAUGAGUAACAGUGUAAAGCGCUUUGAAUACCGCUAAGGUUAAAAAGGCGCUAUAUAAGUGCAGACCGUUUACCAUUUACACAAGCGAUCAAAUACUGAUUUGCCCGAUGAGAAAAGAAACCUUUUAUGCUCCCUGAAAUGGGUCUCAGAUGGCAAAAUGGUGGACAAAAGACGUUCGCUUUGAGGCAUGAAAUAGGGACAAAUAAUUAUAGUAACAUUACGGUUUCGUUACGCCAUGUCCUAACCACAUACAACGUGAUAAUGCAACUAACAAUAAAAGCUUUUACAGGUAAAUCUGAGUUUUUGUCCUAAACUACAUUUCUGUGACAUCACAGUGGGUAGCCCUGCCCAAUGUGACAUCUCAUUGGUCCAAAAUCCUGCAGCAUUGUGUCACCUAACAGCAUUGUUGAGGUACCCAGUCAAAACAAACGGUUCUGAAUCAUUCACACAAUCCAUUUCACAUGCAAUCACCUCUGAUGACCCAUAAAUGAAGGUAAUUUCUUCAGCACGGCAGACUGGAAUAACUAUAUUUAAGUAACUACACUUCAAUCAUACUGCAAUAGAAUAACACACUGCUAUAAUACAAUGGUGGUUACCUUGUACUGAUCAUCUUACAUUGGUUUGUGUUCGUCACUGUCCAUGUGAAUUGUCCCAACUAAUGUUUCUGUUCAUUGUUUAUGUGUCUACUGGUCCGAGAGAGGGUUUGGGAUUGUAUGGGAGAAAGAUCAGGUUUUCUAGAUCAUUCAUAAACGAACAGCCCUUAGGAUAUCUGAAAUAUACACAUGAAAACACACAAACUCUCUGUAUUCUGUAUUUGCAGUGAUCUGGUUUGACUGGUUCCCAAUGGGAAUUGGAUCUCUCUCAAGCCCAUAAAAUACACACACAUACUGUACACAAAUUACGCUGUCUGAUAUCUUGUGACUCGAACACAUUAACAGAUAGUGAGUCUAUAGAUCCUGUGAGAAGCGCUGUGUUCAGAAUGGAACUACUUUCUGCAUAAUGGACAUUAUAAACU